AUGUGGAUCUCCCCGAGACCUCGAACGGGAAUCAGGGUGGACGAACAACCGAUAGAACUCGUUGAUGAGUUCUGUUACUUGGGCUGUACGCUGAAGAACAACGGCAGCUGCAAGAAAGAUAUUCAGCAAAGAUGCGCUAACAAACCCACAGUCACCUCCUUAACGAAAUGCUUGUGGUCGACCACCAUCACCAACGAAGUCAAGCUGCGAGUCUACCUAUCCGCAAUUCGCCCCAUCACGAUGUACGGAUCGGAGACUUAG